UUGUAAUACACCAAAUUCAUGAUCAUCUUUGUUGGCCAAUAAUUCAAAUUGAGCAAAACUUAUCCAAACUUUUACAUGUUCAGAGUCGCACACAAGUAACGUGACGUUAUUUUAUUUGUUUGGGCGUUUGGACAGUUCGGGAAUUGAUUGUUGUAAAUGUCAUUUUGAUUUAUCUAAAUUCAUAAUCGACAAAAUCAUCUACAAAAAUGAUUCGAUUCAUUCUUAUUCAAAAUCGUGCGGGUAAAACACGUCUAGCCAAAUGGUAUAUGAAUUUUGAUGAUGAUGAAAAACAAAAAUUAAUCGAAGAAGUUCAUGCUGUUGUCACUGUUCGUGAUGCUAAACAUACUAAUUUUGUCGAGUUUCGUAAUUUCAAAAUUGUCUAUCGACGUUAUGCUGGAUUAUAUUUUUGUAUAUGUGUUGAUGUGAGCGAUAAUAAUCUUGUCUAUCUAGAAGCAAUACAUAAUUUUGUCGAAGUACUAAAUGAAUAUUUUCAUAAUGUAUGCGAAUUGGAUUUAGUAUUUAAUUUUUAUAAAGUUUAUUCAGUUGUUGAUGAAAUGUUUUUGGCUGGUGAAAUACGUGAAACAAGUCAAACAAAAGUAUUGAAACAAUUAUUGGUUUAUAAUUCGCUCGAAUAAUGAAUAUUCAAGAAUAGGUUUAUCCUGAUCAUUCAAAACAAAAACUUUUGUCUUAUUAUUCGUCUUAUUAUUAGACAUCUUCCAAAAUUUCCAAUUUUUUUCUUUUCAUUUUAAUUUUUAAUUCCAUUAUGUAAUUUAUUAUAUAAUAAAAAUCCAAUAAAUUUACA